AUGACACUAUCAGUUCCUCAGACUAUGGAUGAGUAUGAAGAUUUAUUGGUAAACGCGACUAAUGUAACUGCAAACCCAGCAGCAUACUAUGAACAAUACGCAUUAGAUCUGCUAAUACCUCUUACCAUCACAUACGCAGUUAUAUUCAUCGCUGGUAUCCUCGGCAACACAAGCACUUGCGUGGUUAUUGCAAGAAACCGUUCCAUGCACACUGCUACAAAUUUCUAUCUUUUCAGUCUUGCUAUCUCAGACCUUAUACUCCUAGUUUGCGGCUUACCUUUUGAACUACAUCGUUUGUGGAAUCCAGUCACGUACCCGUUGGGCGAAGCUCACUGUAUCGCCAUCGGCCUAGCGUCAGAGACAUCAGCAAACGCGACUGUGUUAACAAUAACGGCUUUCACUGUAGAGAGGUAUAUAGCGAUAUGCCGUCCGUUUAUGUCUCACACAAUGUCGAAGCUGUCAAGAGCCGUUCGAUUCAUCAUAGCUAUAUGGGUGUUUGCCUUAUGUACAGCAAUACCCCAAGCCAUGCAGUUCGGGAUCGAAUCAUCCGUGGAAAACGGUCAGAACGUGAGUGCGUGUACAGUUAAAGGCGUAGGAGUGCACCAAGUGUUUGUUAUAUCUAGUUUUGUGUUUUUCGUCGUGCCUAUGUCGAUGAUAUCUGUGUUGUACGCGUUAAUAGGAAUUAAGUUACGGACUUCCCGAGUGUUGCAUCCAAUGAAAAAACUGUCAGUAGAUAGUAAUGAGAGAGCUAGCGGACAAAUGCAGUACAGGAAUUGUGCAUCCCAAAGGAGAGUCAUAAGAAUGCUCGUUGCGGUGGCGCUGUCAUUCUUUAUUUGUUGGGCGCCUUUCCACGUGCAGAGACUACUAGCCAUAUACGGAAAAAGUUUGGAACAGCCCUCCGAUACUUUCUACCUGGUAUACAUCGUGCUGACAUUUUUGUCAGGGGUUUUGUACUUCUUGUCGACGGCGAUCAACCCUUUUCUCUACAGCAUUAUGUCCAAUAAGUUCAGAAAUGCAUUCAAGAUGACGUUAGCUACAUGGUGUGGAGGUGGCGGUCCUCGCAUGGGACGCACAUACAGCGCCCUUCUUGCAUCGCAACGUCAACGAGCUAGUGCAGGGGUGACCGAACGAGCGAGGUCUCGCCGCUUGCGUAGAUUGUCUACCGCCACCACACAACUAUACGACGCGCCUCCCAGAGCGCAGUGCUACAACGGAAGAGCUCUAUCGACAGUCAACGAGUCACCCAAUGGGAACGGCCACUGGGGACGAGCCUGGCGACUUCGCAUCAACGAGCCCUCCGACUCAGUCGAGUCCCCUCGUAGUAUCUCCAACUCCAGCCUACGCGAAGUUGACGACGAGCUCACCGGAGAAGAGCUGGCCACCUACAUGUACCACGUGAAUUGUAACAUUGGCGGACUUACCUGA